GAUAUCAAUACAAUUAUAGUAUUGAUCGGGUUGAUAUCAAAUUGAUUGACAAGCAAACAAAAUAGAUGAAUUAGAAAUUAAAACAAAACGAAAUAGAGAAGAAUGAAAUUCCAAGCAAAAAACUGCAAAUCGACAUCAAGAAUAAUUAUACACAGGACAGAAUUUAAUUCUCUCUUGACCAAGAAACAAUAAAUCUCUCUUUGGUCUCCUCUCUCUCAUAUGGGGUCUUCCAUUUAGAUGCUUAUCAAUUUAAGAUCUGAUGCAACCCACAAAGAUUCUUUCUUGAUCUAGGAUUUCUCGAAUUCUCCGCCAAUUGUGGGUUGAAAUAAAAUGUUGAAGGAAUAAUUGAAAAGUAAAAAACCCAGGAAAAAUUACGCAGAAGCAUCAUGGAAGAAGAAUUAUACGACAUGCAUUCGGAGGAUGAUAAAGCUCUUCCUGAGAAUAAUAAGAAAAGGAAAGUCAAGACGCGUGCUCAGGUUGAAGCGUUGGAGAAACUUUAUAAUGAACACAAAUAUCCUACAGAAUCGUUAAAAUUACAGAUUGCCGAGUCAACAGGAUUGACAGAAAAGCAAAUUUCUGGGUGGUUUUGUCAUAGAAGGUUGAAAGACAAGAGGUUGUCAAAUGAAAAAACCUAUGAAUUUGGAAGGCAGGAUCGUUCAAGCAGAGGUAUACAGGAUCGGGGCAGUGGACAUAGGCAAGAUUCCUGUGGUAGCACAAAGCAGGGAGAUGAUAGGAAUUCUGAUACCAGGGAAGUUGAAAGUGGGAGGUUAACUGUCCAAGAAUUUUCUGCUGCAGAGCUUACUUAUGAGCAUGGCAGUCACUAUACUGGAAACUAUGAUCCUACAGAUGAUGCAUCAUCAGGAAGUAGUUCUUUGAUAAGGAACAUUUCUUCCCAUCCUAACAGGGAUCCUUCUGAUAUGGCAACCUCAAGGUACCUAACACCAAAGAUUCCUGUGGAUGCCAAGCAUGUAAAAUCUAGGCCUGGCCCAUCUGGUUACUUGAAAGUGAAGGAUCAGGUUGAGAACCCCGCUAUAACUGCUGUUAAGAGGCAGCUAGGGACACAUUAUAGAGAGGAUGGUCCGCCACUUGGUAUUGAAUUUGACCCACUUCCAUUUGGUGCAUUUGAGUCCUCAAUGCAGGAUCCUGAUAAUGAGCCUUACUAUGAUGGAGAACCUUUUCUACUAGCCUCGCCUGAUGAUUCAAAAAUCCAGAGGCAUCCUAAUUUUGGCAAGGGAUAUGAAUACAAUUCCAACAGAGUCUCUCGUUACUCUGACAUGGAUAGAACCAGUUUCAAAAUGCGCCAUUGGUCUGAUAUUCCCGGAAAUAACUUACAGCAAAAAUUUGGGCAGAAGCCAAAUUUGUCCAAUCACAGUGAUUAUUGUUCCGAGGACUUUUCUGAGGGUUUUGCAAGAGAUAGACCAGGUUUCAAGAGCAGGGACGACCGCCAAAUGAAGCCACAUGAGGAUUCUGUAUCUAGCCAACAUGAUUACAUUGAGCACGAGUCUUCAAAUUUGACCAUAAAAGGCAAAGAAUAUCACUAUAACAGAGAGAAAGGGCUUUCUCGGGGAAUUAUUAAGAGUGGCAUGGAUUUUGGAGAAACAAGGGCAGUGAAUGACAAUUGUGAGCCAGUUCGUGUAAAGAUGUCCCUGAAGAAUGAAAUAAGAGCUGCAAAAAGAGUAAAGGGUGAAUUUCUUCAGCAGCAUGUGAAGGGAUCCUCAGUUCUAGAUAACCAACCAUGGGCACAUCAUGUUAAGAGGUCUGCUGUGAAGAAGCCAUCUAGUGUUAGCGAAGAUUUUAGAAGUGCAGAAACGAGUUCUAAUUGUAGUCGGUAGGAGAAAUCCCUGCAGUUUAGUAUUUAAACGUCGUGCAGCUAGUUUGUAGAGUUUGACAUUUUAUCACGUUGUAAGAUUAUCAAGUUCUUGUACGAACACUGUAUUUAACAAGAAAAUCCAUUUGGUUAUGUUCUUGUCCA